CCAACAGAAUUAGCAAAGUUUAACCAUGGUGUCUAAGGCAGGGUUCGCUCUAGUGCUCGCCGUGCUGGUCUGCGGCCAGUACGCCGUCCAGGGAGUCUACAUCGUCUCCAAGGCCGAGUGGGGUGGCCGUGCACCCACCUAUCGCGUUGCCCUGGGCAACUACCUGAACUACGCCAUCAUCCAUCACACGGCGGGCAACUACUGCGAGACUCGCGCUGCCUGCGCACAGCAGCUGCGCAACGUCCAGAGCUACCACAUGGACACCCUGGGCUGGCCCGACAUCGGCUACAACUUCCUGAUCGGCGGCGAUGGCGCUGUCUACGAGGGUC